AUGUCUCUAUACCUGACCAAACUGGCUAACUUAAGAACAAUCUUCUGUGGCAAUAAAAACCUUAAUUUAUAUCAAUCACUAUGCACUAAGAAGCAAUUACCAGUGCGGAACUACUGCGAAGGUGCUUACAAAGUAAACACAAACGUAAUCAAAGAUGUGAUACUCUUCAAAUACGAUAAUGCAAGGUUCUUCAAAAUGCUUAGCAUAUUCUCAGUAUGCCAGUUUGGUUUCUGGGCAUACCUAUCACACUUUGCAUUUAAUCACCUCAGAGAUGCACCAGUCACAAUGGAAAAGAAAAGUGAGCUUCCUUGGUGGAGAAAGUUCAAUUUAGGGGAGAAUAAGUAUCGAAACACUAUAGCAAUUGGUUCAUUUCUAAUAGGAUAUGGUAUUUUGGUCAUUUCCUGGAUGUAUACCUUAAAAUCAGUUAGGUAUUUAAUCUUGCGCAAGGGUGGAAACGAAAUUACAUUCGUGUGUUAUACGCCAUUUGGUCAGAACCGUAUAUUAAACGUCCCAUUACGAGAUGUUAGCUGCAAAGAAACCCGCCAAGGUGCUCCAUCUCAACUCCCAAUUAAAGUACGAAAUCAUUACCUGCAUUACAUUCUGGAUAUGCGUGGCGAAUUCAAGAAUACGGCUCUUUUCGAUCACACCGCAGGAUUGAAGCGAUCAUUUAAACAGUAGAUCAAUAUCCUGGUAAUAAUAAUAUAUUAAGUACACAGUACCCAAAUAUAAAUAAUGUAACAAUAUAUAUUUCAUUAGGUA